GGACAGCAUCUCAGAUUCACCGGGUCGAGCAGACAACUUUUAGGUUAAUUGAAACACUCCAGUUAAGAAAAAGGAGAAGAAAUCAACUUAUUUAAGAAAAGGGGAGUUGUCAGAAGAAGUUUUUAAGAGGCAUCUGAAGGCAUUUACGCGGUCUCCCUUCUGAAGCUACAACACCAUACUUGGCGAGGUGUAUUAUUUAUUUAUUUAGUAUAUAGUUGAUUUCAUUUACAGUCGAAUUCCGAAAAAAUCCAAGUGGGGAAAGGCGAAGUUUCUGCCGAGUUAACGUGCGUCGAGGCGUAAUUGAAAAUUUGACAAGCCGUGAUGGAAGGCGGAAAGCAAUUGACCUUGCCGUUGAUGCUUGCUGUGGGGACGGCUGUAAUCGGCUCUCUUCAGUUUGGCUACAACACUGGUGUCAUCAAUGCUCCACAAAAGAUCAUCGAGGCCUUCUACAAUGAGACGUGGACAGCUCGACACGGGGAAAUGAUCACUAAAACCACCUUGACUACCCUGUGGUCUCUGUCUGUGUCCAUCUUCCCUAUAGGUGGCAUUGUUGGAUCCUUCUCUGUCGGGCUGUUUGUCAACCGAUUUGGAAGGAAGAAUUCAAUGCUUAUGGUUAAUGUUCUGGCUUUCAUUGCUGCGGCAUUGAUGGGCUUCUCUAAGAUGGCAGCAUCCUGGGAGAUGCUCAUUAUUGGACGGUUUGUGGUGGGCCUUUAUUCUGGCCUGUCUGGUGGUUUUGUGCCCAUGUAUGUGGGUGAAGUGGCCCCUACAGCCCUCAGAGGAGCCCUGGGCACGCUUCAUCAACUAGGCAUUGUUGUUGGCAUCCUCAUGGCACAGGUCUUCGGUAUGGAUGCUCUCAUGGGUAAUGCAACAAUGUGGCCGUUCCUUCUGGGCUUUACCUUUAUCCCAGCCCUGGUGCAGUGCUGUUUACUGCCUAUAUGCCCUGAGAGCCCUCGAUUCCUGCUCAUUAAUCGCAACGAGGAAAGCAAAGCCAAAUCUGUGCUUAAGAAGCUGCGCGGGACUACAGACGUGAGCGUAGACAUGCAGGAGAUGAAAGAGGAGAGCAGACAGAUGAUGAGGGAGAAGAAAGUCACCAUUCCUGAACUCUUCCGCUCUCCGCUUUACCGGCAGCCCAUGGUUAUAGCCAUCAUGCUUCAGCUGUCUCAGCAGCUCUCUGGAAUCAAUGCUAUAUUCUACUACUCUACAAAGAUCUUUGAGAAGGCAGGUGUGCAGCAGCCGGUUUACGCCACUAUCGGAGCUGGAGUUGUCAACACUGCAUUCACUGUAGUGUCAUUGUUUGUGGUAGAGCGUGCCGGCCGCAGAUCUCUGCACCUCUUGGGACUGCUGGGAAUGGCUGGAUCUGCUAUUCUGAUGACCAUCGCUCUUGCCUUACUGGAAAAAUAUGACUGGAUGUCCUACAUGAGCAUUGUAGCUAUCUUUGCCUUUGUGGCCUUCUUUGAGAUCGGACCCGGCCCCAUCCCAUGGUUUAUUGUGGCUGAACUGUUCAGUCAAGGCCCAAGACCCUCAGCAUUUGCUGUCGCUGGAUUUUCCAACUGGACAGCCAACUUUAUCGUGGGCAUGUGCUUCCAGUAUGUUGAGGAGGUCUGUGGGCCGUACGUGUUUGUCAUCUUCACCGUGUUCUUACUCUGCUUCUUCAUCUUCACCUUCUUCAAAGUCCCCGAGACCAAGGGCCGGACGUUCGACGAGAUCUCCGCCGGUUUCCGUCAGGCAUCAGGAGCAGAGAAACACACGCCUGAAGAGCUCAACAGUCUGGGGGCGGACUCUCAGCUAUAAACACACCCCCUCUGGCCCCGCCCACUCCUGCAUACAACUACUGAGCUGAAGGGGCCUGUCAAUCAAACAUAUCUGCACUCGCCUCUUAGUCGUCCCGCAAUUCCCCACACACACGCGCUGAACCAGCAGAGCGUGAGACUGGGGUUUGAAAAGGCAGCGAGUAAGAGUAAUUAUCAUAUUCCUUUUAUCAGAAAGAUGAUCGUUUUAUGACAUGUUUGAGGUGUCGUAUAUUUGCAUUGCUGAGUCGCUUUGGCUAGAUUCAUUAGGUUUUAUGCUUUUUUUAAUAUACCUUAACUGUUACUUCUGCUGCGCGAAGAGAGAGUACACAUCAUCAGAGGUCACAUGGUCCUUUCUGACCAAUCCGCCACACUGUUGACGUCAGGAAUCCACUGUGACUGACAAUUCAAUACUGUAUUCCAGGUGACUGUAUAUAUCAGACAGAAAAGUCUUGAAAAGUGGCUUUGAUGAAAGAAGAGUCAUGCGUCAUGAUUAGCAAUCGAGGCUGUUUUAAGGUGCACGUCAAUUUGAAUAACAGGAUUCAAUUAAAUGUAUAUA